AUGCCGGAACCGCUACUGUUUGACGUGAACAAACUCGAUGUCGAGAAGAUAUGGGAGAGAAACCGCGGUCUUUUGCUAGCGGUCAAUCGCUGCGUUCACAGCCUAUACGAAGAGCAAGCUAUAGCUCGACCGAACGCAUGCGCCAUAUACUCAUGGGACGGCAAGAUGACCUACGAGCAAUUGAAUCAGCAUUCAACACGAUUGGCAAGCUAUCUUGUCACUCAAGGCAUUGGAACCGAGGUGAUGGUACCACUGUGCUUUGAGAAAUCGAUAUGGGCAAUCGUAGCUAUGUUAGCUGUUCUCAAGGCUGGUGCCGCGUUCGUGCCACUAGACCCAAUGCAUCCAACAGCCCGUCACGAAGAGAUAUUCAAGCAGACCAAUGCCAAGAUAGUCCUUACCUCCGUACAGCACGCCGCUCUCUGGCCAAAUUCGGAUCUGCAGUUUCUGGCAAUCGACAAAACCUUUGUUGAUCAAUUGCCAUGGAAAACCGAGAUCCUGCCUAAAGUCAAGCCAAUAGAUGCUGUCUAUGUUAUGUUCACAUCUGGUAGUACUGGUGUUCCGAAAGGCGUUGUCUUGGAGCAUAGAUCAAUCGCAACAAGCUGCCUUGCCCAUGGAAUGGAGAUGAAACUUGGACCCGACAGCCGAGCACUCCAGUUCGCGGCUUAUACGUUCGAUAUUUGUAUCGCUGAGAUUUUUACGACUUUGAUAUUCGGCGGCUGUGUUUGUGUCCCUUCAGAAGACGAUCGACGUAACGCCUUAUCCGAAGUAAUCAACAACAACAACAUCAACUGGGCUCAACUCACGCCGACUGUUGCUCGCCUACUAGAUCCCAGCACGGUUCCUUCUCUGAAAGUCCUCAUCCUUGGAGGAGAACGGGUGGAUGACGCCGAUUGGAAGAGAUGGGGUGACGAUAUCGUGAAGGUGAACGUUUACGGCCCUACGGAGUGUAGCAUUUGGUGCACUUCGUAUCGCAAUUCCGGCCGGAAUUUCCGAUCGGGAACGAUAGGCACAUCAAUGGCUUCUUUUAGUUGGGUUACCGACCCGGAAGACCACAACAAGCUAGUGCCAUUUGGCACAAUCGGCGAACUUCUGAUAGAGGGACCGAUCCUGGCACGCGGGUACCUCAACGACAUUUCGAAAACCGAGGCUGUUUUCGUUGAUGACCCUCUCUGGCUGAGGCAAGGCAACCGUAACGAUGAAUCCACUCGACGACAUGGAAGACUAUACAAGACUGGUGAUCUAGUCUACUAUGAUGCAGACGGUAAUCUGGUUUACGCGGGCCGUAAGGACAGCCAGACCAAGGUGAGGGGUCAAAGAAUUGAGUUGGGCGAGAUUGAACAUCAUCUCAAUCAAUGCAUGUCAGGCAUCAAACAAGUUGCGGCUGAAGUCGUCCUACCAUCAGGUGACCAAGCAAAAGCAAUGGUGGCAGCAUUUGUGCAGCUCAGCUCAGAGCCACGCCAUGCACUCGUCCACCAGACUUCUAACGGUGACUUGGAAGUGCAAGUCAUCUUCCCAACCUACCUGGAUGAGUUGCUGGUUCAGCGUCUGCCAAAGGACAUGGUGCCUGAGGUGUACUUUGCCGUAGCGGAACUUCCAUUGACAGUAUCCGCUAAAGUGGACCGGCAGAAGCUGCGCAAGAUUGGCGCCUCCUUUUCUGCACAACAAUUGGCCCAGCUUCGAACGUAUAGCGAUGACCCAAAGCGACAACCAGAGACUGAGAAAGAGCAGAUCUUGCAUCAUCUUUGGGCACAGGUCCUGAGCAUUGACGCCAGUUCAAUUGGUAUGGACGACAGUUUCUUCGAUCUAGGCGGCGAUUCAAUAGCAGCUAUGAAGCUGGUGGGUGAAGCGCGCAGAUCAGGAGUACACAUCAGUGUGGCAGUCAUCUUCCAGAAUCCCACGCUAGAUAAGUUGACCUCUGCAGCGAUCCCUUCCCUCGAUGUUUCUGAUACCAUCAUUCCGCCUGUUAGCCCUGCCGGGCCUGUUGCGCAAUCAUUCGCGCAAGGUCGGAUGUGGUUUUUGGAAGAACUUCACCCUGGUCUUACCUGGUAUCUCAUGCCGGUUGUUGUGCGUAUGAAGGGCCCGCUGGAGCUGGCAGCGCUCCAAUCUGCUCUGAAUGCAAUCGAGAGUCGCCAUGAGACCCUUCGGACGACGUUUGAAACCAUUGGGGAUACAAGCAUGCAGCUGGUUCACCCAUACCAUGCCAAGGAGCUGACUAUCAUCGACAUAGACAUCCAGAGCCUCGCAGAAGUACUUCAUCGGGACCAGACAACUCCUUUUGACUUGCGCAAGGAGGCCGGUUUUCGAGUGUCAAUCUAUCGCAUCAGCAACGAAGACCACGUCCUAUCUGUCAUCAUGCACCACAUUAUCUCUGAUGGUUGGUCGACUGAUGUGUUCACGCGCGAGUUGGGCGCAUUCUACUCAGCCUCGGUACGGGGCCAGGACCCCUUUCUUCAUGUCCAAGCUCUACCCAUCCAGUAUCGAGACUUCUCUGUGUGGCAGAGGCAACAAGCUCAGGUUGACAAACACCAGAGUCAGCUCAAUUAUUGGUUCAAUGUGCUGAGUACCAGCAGACCCGCUGAGCUGCUUUGCGACAAAGCUCGGCCAGCUGUUUUGUCUGGACAGGCUUCCAAGCAAACGAUCCAGAUUGGUGGCCCGCUAUACAUUCAGCUACUUCAGUUCUGCAAAGCGAAAGGAGUCACAAAGUUCAUGGUGUUAUUUGCGGCCUUUAGAGCUACACACUUCCGCCUCACUGGCCAAAACGAUGCAACCAUCGGCACUGUGAACGCCAAUCGGGAUCGAUGGGAGCUGAAAGAUAUGAUCGGUUUCUUUGUCAACCUGCAAUGCCUUCGGACUACGAUUGACGAGAACCAAUCGUUUGAAGAACUGGUUCAGCAAGUCUAUGAAGCAACAAUUGCUUCACUUGCAAACGCAGACGUUCCGUUUGAGAAUAUUGUAUCCAGGCUCAAGAACACCAGAGACUUGUCUCGUCAUCCCCUUGUACAGCUUGUUUUUGCUAUGCAUUCCCAGCGCAACUUGGGGCAACUGACACUGGAGGGUCUGGAAACAGAGAGCCUGGAUAAUGCACCGAAGUCAAGGUUUGAUCUUGAAUUCCACUUUUUCCAGCAAGAAGACAGCCUGAAGGGUGAAGUUGUCUAUUCCACCGACAUUUAUUCUCCAGAGGCGAUCGGCAACAUGCUGUCGACCUUCCAAAUCGUUCUCGAGGGGUGCCUCCAAGAGCCGAAAGCUGCGAUUGCCUCCUUGUCAUUGUUACGCGACGUCGAAUCAUCGAAGCUCAAUAGCAUGGGUCUGAUCCAGGUCGAGAAGACGGAUUAUCCACGAGAGUCGAGCGUAAUCGAUCUGUUUCGCCAGCAAACUUCCCUCUGUCCGUCCAGGAUUGCUGUGAAGGACGCAUCAGUAACCAUGACUUAUACUCAGCUGGACAAGGUAUCUGACAUUCUUGCUCAGUGGUUAGCCAAACAAUCGCUCGCUCCGGAGACACUGGUCAGCGUAUUAGCAGGGCGCAGCUGUCAGACUAUCGUCGCAUUUUUGGCUAUUCUGAAGGCGGGUCUAGCAUAUUUACCGUUCGAUGUCAAGGUUCCGGCCAAACGCAUGAGUACAAUUCUUGGCUCGCUCUCAGGCCCCAAAUUUGUCCUUUUAGGCGGAGACGUACAGCCUCCUUGUGUGAACAUCAAUGACGUUAGAUUCGUACGCAUCACAGAAGCGUUAGACGAGCAAACUCACGAAGGGUCCGCCUCUCCGGAUAUCGUCAAGCCCACAGCCAAUAGCCUUGCCUAUGUUAUGUUUACGUCAGGGUCAACCGGUCAACCGAAGGGAGCCAUGAUUGAACACCGUGGUAUCGUGCGCCUAGUGAGGGACAAUAACUUUGUGCAGCAUUUGCCGGCUUCGCCAGUCAUGGCGCAUAUGACGAAUCUGGCCUUUGAUGUCUCUACGUGGGAGAUCUAUGCUUCUUUGCUGCAAGGCGGAACGCUAGUGUGCAUCGACAGAACGACAGUGUUGGAUCCAGAGGCUGUGCUACGAACGUUUCGUAGAGAGCAUGUCAGAACAGCCUUCAUGACACCGUCUCUCUUCAGGACUUAUGUUCAGCAAUCGCCUGCGUUGUUCGCUGGUCUCGAUAUGCUUUGCGUUGGGGGUGAAGCACUUCAAUCAAACGACAUCCUUUCUAUGAAAACACUUCGCACAGGCAAGAUCAUCAACGGCUAUGGGCCAACCGAAAACACAACUUUUAGCACAACUUUUGUGCUUUCAAAAGACGAGCAAUACCCGAACGGCGUGCCGAUUGGCCGUGCAAUUAGCAAUUCUGGUGCCUAUGUCAUGGAUUUGAAGCAGCAGCUUGUUCCGCUAGGGGUCGUUGGGGAGCUUGUAGUCACGGGCGACGGCCUGGCACGUGGAUACACCGACCUUGAGCGCAACAUAGACCGCUUCAUAACGAUAAAAAUUGGGGUCGAGGUCGUGAAGGCUUACCGUACCGGUGACUACGUGCGAUAUCGUCCUGCAGACGGCCAGCUAGAGUAUCUCGGCCGGAUGGACGGACAGGUCAAAAUUCGGGGACAUCGCAUCGAGUUGGGUGAGAUUGAGCAUGUUCUCCGUAGCCACGGGUCUGUAAGAGAGGCUGUAGCUGUGGUACUACAGCAGCAAAAUCCAGAUGAGGCUGCUCGACUAGCCGCUUUCGUCACAGUCUACGAGGGUGACGAAUUGGUUGACGAAAAGCCAACCAGCAUCGACGAAUCCGAGCAUGUCGACGUAUGGGAAGACCAAUUUGAUUCCAAAGUCUAUACGCCAAUCUCUAAAGUGCUUCCUGAGACCAUCGGGCGAGACUUCAUCGGAUGGACAUCUAUGUACGAUGGCAGCGCGAUUGACAAAGUGGAGAUGAACGAGUGGCUAGACGACACGAUCGACACAAUGCUCAACGGUCAUCCACCUGGCAAGGUCCUCGAGGUAGGCACAGGUACCGGUAUGGUUCUUUUCAACCUGGGAGAUGGUUUAGAAAGCUAUGUCGGGCUGGAUCCAUCUUCAAGAGCUGUUGAAUUCGUCAAAGAAACAGUCAGAUCAGUACCCACGUUGGCAGACAAGGUCAGAGUCUACAAGGCCACAGCGACAGAGGUCGAUCGACUAGAACCUAUCGAUGCAAGCCUUGUCGCCAUCAACUCAGUCAUUCAGUACUUCCCAAGCCUUGAAUACCUUUUCAAGACCACACAGCAACUGCUGGAACUAGAGAGCGUAUCUACCAUCUUCUUUGGCGAUGUGCGGUCUUAUGCGCUACACCGAGAAUUUCUUGCAACUCGGGCAAUGUUCAUGGCUGGCGACAAUGUAGACAAGGCUGAAGUCAGUCGCAUGAUAAUUGACAUGGAGCUGGUCGAAAGAGAGCUCCUGGUGGAUCCAGCCUUUUUCACCGCUCUGCCUGAGCGCCUGCCAGACUUAGUGGAGCAUGUCGAGAUUUUGCCAAAGAAGAUGAAGGCAACAAAUGAGCUAAGUUGCUAUCGUUACGCCGCGGUUAUUCAUGUUAAGCCGCGAGAUGGGCGAAAGCAAGACCAGAAGAUUCGACACGUGGGGCACGAUGAAUGGAUCGACUUCAGGGAGCACAAGCUAGAUCGCCAAUCUCUCUUGGCACAGUUGCAAAGCAAUUCCAGCUCAUCCACCAUAGCUGUGAGCAACAUUCCGUAUAGUAAGACGAUCGUGAGUCGGUGUCUGAUCGAAUCGAUAGACAACGCAGUGGCAGAGUUGUCUGACCCCCAAGACUGGUACUCAUCCGUGUGUCAGCAGGCACAGUGCUGUUCAUCCAUGUCUGCUACCGACCUAUAUGAGUUGGCAAAGGAAGCCAACUGCCGCGUUGAAGUUAGUUGGAGCAGGCAGCACUCUCAACGCGGUGGUAUUGACGCUAUAUUCCAUCGAUACCCGCCGCGUGAAGGAGAGAACAGGGUGAUGUUCCGAUUUCCCACCGACCACGCAGAGCGACCCCUACACAGUCUGAGUAGCAUGCCGCUACGGCAACAAACCCUACAAAGAAUCCAAGGACAACUCCAGGAGAUGCUUGAAGCUCAGCUGCCUGCCUAUAUGGUCCCCCAGACAGUUACGUUCCUCGAAACCAUGCCAACUAACCAGAACGGCAAGAUAGACCGGACUGCCCUCACACAGCGAACCGAGAUCCAGGUUGCAAAGGGCCAGGAGUUUCAAAGAGAGCUCACUAGGGCAGAAUCAAGAAUCCAGCAGUUAAUCGCGUGCGUACUUCGCAUCGAUUCGGACCUUAUUGGUCUAGAUGAUAGCUUCUUUCAGCUAGGUGGAGACUCAAUCGCGGCCAUGAAGCUGGUUGCUUUAGCUCGAGACGAAGACGUUCGACUCACCGUGGCAAAGAUCUUCCAAUAUCCCAAACUCAUCCAAUUGGCUGCCGUAGCGCAAGAGCAUGUUCACGUUCCCAAUGACAACAUCGUCCCAUUCUCUCUCCUGGAUGAAGAGGUUGAUGCAACGCAGACACACCACGAGGUGGCAGUCAAGUGUGACAUCGAUAGGGGUAUUGUCGAGGAUAUCUACCCAUGCUCGCCGCUUCAAGAAGGCUUGAUGUCGCUGACUGUGAAGCGGCCGGGGGAUUACAUCAUGCAGACCGUGCUAGAGUUGCGGGAGGAAGUAGAUGAGACAGCCUUUAGGAUUGCAUGGGAGAAGACGGUCCAGUCUUUCCAAAUCUUGCGAACAAGAAUUGUCAUACAUGACACCCUUGGUCUUUUGCAGGCUGUCAUAGCGGAAAAGAUAAAGUGGGCAGAUGCAGACGACCUCGCUACUUAUCUAGCUGAAGACAAGUUGUCAUCUAUGCAGCUUGGCAAGCCGCUUGCACGCUACGGUCUUGUUCGGGACACUCGUAGAGGAAAGAAGUGGUUCGUAUGGACAAUUCACCACGCGAUAUACGAUGGCUGGGCGCUCAAUCAUAUCUUGAGUGCUGUGCAAACAGCAUACAAUGGCGCGGAACCGGGAAAGCAGCUUGGUUUCAACAGCUUCAUCAAGUAUCUCCGUCAGAUGGACGAAGACGCUCUCGCAGCAUACUGGCGAACCACACUGAGCGACUGCGACGCGAAUAUCUUUCCGCCACUAGUAUCUGGGGUGCAACAGCCAGUUGCGGAUGCAACAGCGGAAUAUUGUUGCCCACCACUUCCCAAGAGAACCUCGAAUACUACUAUCUCGACACUUGUCCGUGCUGCAUGGGCAAUCGUUGCUAGCGGCUACACCAGCUCAGACGACGUUGUGUUUGGGGCGACAGUUACUGGUCGAAACGCACCAGUGGCUGGCAUCGAGUCAUUGGUGGGUCCUGUUAUUGCAACAGUGCCUGUUCGGAUACGGUUGCAGAGAGACUCGACUAUACUAGAAUUUCUUGAAGCAGUACAGAAACAGGCAACUGAGAUGAUUCCGUUCGAGCAAACGGGCCUACAACGAAUCGCCAAGCUUGGGCCAGACACCGAACAUGCGUGCAAUUUCCAGACGCUGCUGAUAGUGCAGCCUGCAGAGGACGCCUUCCAAUCAGACGAUAUGUUUGGGACGUGGGAAUUUGGCUCGGGUCUGCAGGACUUCACGACCUAUGCGUUGAUGGUACAGUGCAAGCUGGCUAAAGAGGGUGUCAAGAUCACGGCCAGUUUUGAUGCGCGUUUGAUCGAACAGUGGCAAGUUGAGAGAAUGCUAGGCCAGCUGAGCUUCGUCAUGCAGCAGCUAGCGCAAGGAGAUUCAAGAACAAGAGUCAUGGAUAUCGGAAUGCUUACGCAAGAUGAUGAACAGCAGCUCUGGAUGUGGAACCAGAGGCUACCACUAGCUAUCGAUCGCUGCGUCCACGAUCUUUACUCGGACCAAGCGAAUUCACAGCCUGGAGCGGAUGCAAUCUGUGCUUGGGAUGGUGUAAUGACUUAUAAAGAGCUUGACGAGCGAUCAUCGCGGCUAGCGACCUAUUUGGUCGACGUCGGUGUCAAACCAGAAACCAUAGUGCCCUUAUGUUUCGAAAAGUCAAUGUGGAUGGUUGUAGCCAUGCUGGCUGUGCUAAAAGCAGGGGGUGCCUUUGCGCCGUUAGAUCCGAGCCACCCGGUAUCUCGACAUCGAGAAAUCUUCAAGCAAACGAAGGCCAACUUGAUGCUCACAUCAUCUCAGUACGCCAAUCUCUGGUCUGAAUACAUCCCCACUGUCGUGGAAAUUACCGGCCACUUUAUUGACCAGUUGACGACAAAGCCUUACAGCACUGAGACAGCAGUGCAGCCAGGCAAUACAGCGUAUGUCAUCUUUACGUCUGGUAGCACUGGAGUACCUAAGGGUGUUCAACUGGAACAUAAGGCUGUUUCCACGAGUUGCUCAUGUCAAGGACCAGCGUUGGGUAUCACGGAGGAUACACGGGUUCUUCAAUUCGCUGCCUACACCUUUGAUGCAUGCAUCUUAGAGAUCAUCACAACACUCCUACACGGCGCAUGUAUAUGCAUCCCUUCUGAGAGGCAGCGCCGCGACGAUCUCGGCAACACAAUCAAUACGAUGAAGGUAACCUGGGCGCUGUUGACUCCAGCCGUCGCGAGGAUUUUAGACCCACAGAAGAUAGUAUCGUUGAAGACAUUGGUUCUUGGCGGCGAGAAGGUUAACGCUUCAGACUGCGAUGUUUGGAGUGGCCGCGUACGACUGAUCAAUGCCUACGGGCCCACUGAAUGUUGCGUCUCCUGUGUCGCAAGUCCCGAUAUGAAGGGACUCGAUCCGGAACCCAUUGGGAAGCCGAUCGCGUCAGUUGGCUGGGUGGCUAAUCCUAAUGAUCACAAUAGACUAGCACCGCUAGGCGCAGUUGGAGAGCUGUUGGUUGAGGGACCAAACCUAGCCCGCGGCUACCUGGAAGAUGCGAAGAAGACAGAGACAGCUUUUAUUCAUGAUCCUCUCUGGCUGCUCCGAGGCUGUGAAGGCUACAAUGGGCGGCGAGGUAGACUGUACAAGACAGGCGAUCUGGUCUACCACACUGCCGAUGGUGAUCUGGUCUAUGUAGGCCGCAAAGAUGGUCAGGUCAAAGUGCGUGGCCAACGCAUUGAGCUUGCCGAGAUUGAACAUUGUCUCUAUCAACACAUCCCAGAUAUCAAGGAAAUAGCAGUUGAACUCAUCUCGCCGAAAGGAGGAAAGUCGAUGAUUGCAGCAUUCCUGAAGGCAAAUCCCGAGCUGCUCAAUGGCAAGCUGUCCGAUGGGGAAUUUGGAGUGUACGUCGUAUAUCCAGUCCGAGUAGACAACGAGCUAUCUCAGCGACUACCCGGAAACAUGGUGCCUGAGGUUUACUUUGGACUCACCGAGUUCCCGAUAUCAACCUCUGGUAAAAUAAAUCGAAGGCGACUACGCGAGAUCGGAGGCUCUUUUUCGACCGAUCAACUGGCGCGUUUACGCACACAGGAAAACGAGAGCUCCAAUCGGAAACCGGAAACAAAGCAUGAGAUGGCGCUGCAGAAGCUAUGGGCUCAAGUGCUGAACAUUGAUGCUACCUCUAUCGGACUGAAUGAUAGCUUCUUCCAACUAGGGGGCGACUCAAUCUCGGCUAUGAAGCUUGUGAGUGAGGCGCGUAAUGUCGACCUAGUGUUUUCUGUUCAGGAUAUUUUCCAGGUGCAGCGACUGGGUCAGCUAGCCAACCGAUUGGUCGACCCUCCCACUUCAAGUCACAGUGCAAUCAGCAAAAUUGAUCAUCAACGACCCGUCCCUCAAUCGUUUGCGCAAGGCCGACUCUGGUUCCUAGAACAACUGCACCCAGGACUAGAUUGGUAUCUCAUGCACCUUCCAGUACGCAUCAAAGGUCCACUCCAACUCCCUGCACUUCAGGCUGCAUUACAGGCAAUGGAGCAUCGUCAUGAAACACUAAGGACAACAUUUUCCACCAACAAUGGCGAGAGCGUACAGGAAGUUCAUCCUUUCUGUGGAGGAAGAGAACUAAAUGUCAUCGACGUUGAUUCAAACGAUGACAAGAUUCUGCUAGAAUCACUUGAGUGGGAUCAGAAGACACCAUUCGAUCUUCGAUGCGAGCCUGGCUGGAGGACAUCGAUCUAUCGUAUCAACGAAGUAUCUCAUGUUCUAUCGAUCGUCAUGCAUCAUAUCGUCUCAGAUGGCUGGUCAGUCGAUGUUUUGAAGAAAGAAUUGAGUGCUCUGUAUGCUGCCGCCAUCCGCAACGAAGAUCCCAUCUUCUUCUUGCCGCCUUUACCCAUUCAAUACAGAGACUUCUCUAUCUGGCAGCGACUACCAGAGCAAGCUCAAGAGCAUCAACGGCAGCUGAACUACUGGAUCAAUCAAUUAGACGCAGAGUUGCUAACAAUCAAUCCAAACUGA